AAGGAUAAAUCCUUACUACAUAAUGAUUAGGACUCACAAGCCCUUCCUGUGACAUGGAGUGUAGAAGCCAGGAUUACAACGGGACAGAGUAAAGAGGCUACAGGCAACACAGGGGGAAGGAGGGACACAGGUGCAAGAAGAGGAAGGGGCUCAUGGGAACAACAAGUGCAUUGAACACGGCCACUAAAGGUUUCAGGGAUCCAUGCAACAACCUGCAUCAAGAGCGAUUUGGAAGCUCACCGUCUGACCUGCUGCUGCUGUCCUCUGUCUGGGCCAUCUGUCUGUGGGCGUUGGAGCUAGCAGACCCAAGCCCAGCAUCUGGACAGCACUGUGUCUUACUUAAUGGAGGGGCCAGUGUGCUGCUGGGGAGCAACCGGAGGCUCAGGUUAUCCUGCAGACAUAAAUUCGAUGAGAAAUUGACAUAUAGUUGAUGAGUGUGUCAUCAAAAAGAUGGAGUACAUCUGUUUAUUUCACCUGGGCGAGACAGCAGUGGGCAGUGAGAGAAGGAAGAGGGCGUCGGGCGCAGAGUCUUGACUGUCGGAAGACGUGAAGAAUUUCACUGAAUCGACCACUUGUUUUCGGUUGUUUUUUAUGGCUCUAACUCUGCGUUAUUGGGCCACUUCUGAGAUAUUUUCUCUUGGCCAGGAAGUGGAUACAGAUUAGAUGUGUUAUCAGAGGUGAGAGGCUGCUGAAGACCAGCUAAGACACAGAAAUUGUACACAUACACAUACACACGCACACACACGCACACGCACACGCACACACACACACACACACACACACACACACACACACACACACACACACACACACACACACACACACACAUGCACACACACCUAUCCGGUAUGCAUCAUAACAAUGAGUACAUAUAUACGCUCUCUGCCCUAUUGAGCACACACAUACUCACAUACUCGCACACAGACACAGCCCAUCUCGCACAACGCAACCUCUCUGGGGCUAGCUGUUCCAACUUCUAUCCUCACACCUUACACUGGAAAUUAGCCUGUCACUACGGCCGUGGACUGCCUCAUUCUGUUUAUUAGUUGUUCCUUCUUUCCUCUGGCACCUGCUUUCUUCAAUCACCCUCUAUCACUCUAUCCAUACUUCCACCCCCCCCACCUCCAUUACCAGCAAGAGAUAAUGUGACCUUCUGCCAAAGUGCUGGAAACCAUGCCACGGUCGCAGCGGGCUCCUCUGUUGCUACUGAAAUAGACUCAAACAAGUGCCGAAAGGAAGGGAGCGGGGGAGUGAGGGAAGGGAGACAAGGGAAAACAGAGAAGCAGGACAGCUGAAGCCACGGAAUGAGCCGGUGGGAGCCAGGGCUGGAUGCGGAUUGCCAACGCAGGCAGUAGGUGACUGAGAUGGGCGUUCGUCUAGGCCACUUGAGCGACUCCCCGUGGUGGUGGCCGCUACUGCUGCUGUUGCUGCUCUGCACUGCCCCCUGGUGCCAAGGUCGGCCUUUCGCAACGCCCUUGCCAGCAGUCAACGUGGCGGUGGUGUUCAGUGGCUCGGCCUACCAGCAGGAGAUCAAGGGGCGUCUCAGCAGGGAGAACUUCAUGGACCUGCCCUUGGAGGUGAAUCCCAUCACAGUGCUGGUAAACAACACCAACCCUCGGGCCCUGCUCACGCGCAUCUGUGACACACUGGCGGCCAACCGCGUACAUGGUGUGGUGUUUGAAGACAACAUCGGCUCGGAAGCCGUGGCACAGAUUCUGGACUUCAUUGCCCUGCAGACGGCCGUGCCCAUCAUGGGCAUCAGCGGGGGCUCCGCCAUGGUCCUGCCACACAAGGGCGACGGCUCCACGUUCCUCCAGCUGGGCUCCUCCAUCGAGCAGCAGAUAAACGGCAUGUUCAAGGUGAUGGAGGAGUACAACUGGGACAGCUUCGUGGUCAUCACCAGCCUGUACCCGGGCUAUGAGGUCUACGUGGACUAUGUCAAGACCUUCACUGACACCAGCUACUUCAUGUGGGAACUGCAGGACGUGCUUACCUUCGACAUGUCUGCCGACGGCAUGAACGACAUCCGGGCACGGCGCCUGCUGCAGCAGAUCGACGCCCAGGUACUGCUGGUAUACUGCUCCCACGAGGAGGCCCAGUACCUUUUCAGUAUGGCCGGAGAGGCCGGCCUGCUGGGGCCUGGCUACAUCUGGAUCCUCCCUAGCCUUGCCGUGGGGAACCCAGACAUGCCCCCACCAAAUAGCUUCCCUGUGGGCCUCAUCAGCAUCAUCACCGACCGCUGGCGGAUGAGCCUGAGGAAGAGGGUGCGGGAUGGGGUGGCCAUCGUGGUCAAAGGGGUGCAGAGCUUCCACAAACAGAGGGGCUUCAUCCCAGAGGGCCACAACGACUGCCACAGCCCUGUUGGGGCAUCUUCUAAUGAUACACUGUUCAGGCACAUGUUAAACGUAACAUGGGAACACAACGACUUCUCAUUCAACCCUGAAGGGUACCUGAUCAACCCAGCUAUGGUCAUCAUCACCUUAGAUCGAGAGAGACAGUGGGAUAAGGUGGGGAACUAUGAGAUGGGGAUCCUGCAGAUGAGAUACCCAGUGUGGCCUCGCUACGGCACCUAUCUGGAGCCCGUAUCAGAUAACAGACACUUGACUGUGGCCACACUGGAGGAACGUCCCUUUGUCAUAGUGGAGGCUGUCGACCCCAUGACUGGGACCUGUGUCAGCAACACUGUGCCCUGCCGCCGCCAGUCCAACAAGACAGAGACUAUUGUAGGUCAUACUGAGCCCUACACCAAACUGUGCUGUAAGGGUUUCUGCAUAGACAUCCUGAAGAAGCUGUCCCGCACCACCAAAUUCUCAUACGACCUCUACCUGGUCACCAACGGGAAGCACGGCAAGCUGGUCAGAGGCAGUUGGAACGGCAUGAUCGGAGAGGUGGUAUACAAGCGGGCGGACAUGGCCAUUGGCUCGCUGACCAUAAACGAAGAGCGCUCAGAAAUUAUCGACUUCUCCGUGCCGUUUGUGGAGACGGGGAUCAGUGUGAUGGUCGCCAGGAGCAAUGGGACCGUCUCACCCUCUGCCUUUCUUGAGCCCUACAGUCCGGCGGUGUGGGUGAUGAUGUUUGUGAUGUGCUUAACGGUGGUAGCUGUCACAGUGUUUAUCUUUGAGUACUGCAGCCCUGUGGGGUACAACCGGAGUCUGGUGAGCGCCAAGGAUCCCGGAGGUCCCACCUUCACUAUUGGGAAGUCUGUGUGGCUGCUGUGGGGCAUCGUCUUCAACAACUCUGUUCCAAUUGAGAACCCCAAGGGCACCACCAGCAAGGUCAUGGUCCUGGUAUGGGCCUUCUUCGCUGUCAUCUUCCUGGCCUCCUACACUGCCAACCUGGCAGCCUUCAUGAUCCAGGAGCAAUACACUGACACAGUCUCUGGACUGAGUGACAAAAAGUUCCAGAAGCCACAGGAGCAGUAUCCACCAUUUCGUUUUGGUACGGUCCCAAAUGGAAGCACAGAGAGGAACAUCCGGAGCAACUACCCUGAGAUGCAUGCCCACAUGGUCAAAUACAACCAGAAGGGUGUGGAGGACGCCCUCAACAGCCUCAAAUCAGGGAAAUUGGAUGCCUUCAUCUAUGACGCUGCUGUGCUGAACUACAUGGCAGGUAAAGACGAGGGCUGUAAGCUGGUGACCAUCGGCAGUGGGAAGGUCUUUGCCACCACUGGCUACGGCAUCGCCUUGCAGAAGGAGUCCCGAUGGAAACGUCCUAUAGACCUGGCCCUGCUCCAGUUCCUAGCGGAUGGUGACACACAGAAGCUACAGACGGUGUGGCUCACAGGGAUCUGUCGUAACGAGAAGAAGGAGGUGAUGAGCAGUAAGCUGGACAUAGAUAACAUGGCGGGCGUCUUCUACAUGCUGCUGGUGGCCAUGGGGCUCAGUCUCCUGGUGUUCAGCUGGGAACAUCUGCUCUACUGGAAGCUGAGACACUCUGUACGCAAGUCUGAACGCCUCGACUUCCUGCUCGCCAUCAGCAGGGGAAUCUACAGCUGCUUCAACGGCGUGGAGGACUCUGACCGCAACGGAAACCUGCAGAACCCUGACGUCACCACCAACUACACCCAGGCCAACAUGCUGAAGAUGCUGCAGACAGCCAAGGACAUCGUGACCUCGACCAGAGUGGAGAACUCCCUGGACAAUGCCACCAAGACCAUAGAGAACUGGAGCCGGCGAGGAGCCGACAAUGUGCGGGUUGGCCUGCCGCCUCGGGUGGCAACCACUAUAGACAUGGGCCACAACCGCCUGCCCUACAUCUCCAGCAUCAUGGACAACCACUCGCCCUACCCCCAGAGGGCGCUCGCUUCCACAUUCCCCAUCCACUACUCGGACAGCACCACCCAGCCCCUGCUGGACAAAUCCAGGGUGGUGACGCGGCCUACCCCGCUCCGCUACACCCUUCCGGCCCGUGGCAGCCACCACUUCUACGAGAGGACCCUACCCAUCUCCAGCCUUAGCAGCCCCCACAUCGCCAUGAGGGACCCUGCUCCCCCUAGCACCUCCAGUCACAACCCACACCCCCACCACAGCAGCAGGCUGUAUGUUGAGACCCAGCCCCGGCACCCCACCUCCCCGUUUGUCCCUUACAGAGAGUUCCAGGUGCCUGACAUCUAUGUGGAACACCACAAGGGGCCCCUGGGACGGAAGUUCAGCUACCCCCCUGACCACAUGGGCAGGAAGAAGAGGUCCCACAGCUACGUGUUUUCCGAGGCCCAAGACACCAGGGGGAGGAAUGACUAUGAUGAGCCAACCUCCUGUCUGGCUGAGCUGAGGGCCAACCACCUCCUGAACAACCACGCCCCUUCUGCAUCAACCAUGGCCUGCAUAGGGGGCCACUACCCCAGCGGCAGCGCCAGCUGCAACUCCUGCAUGAAGCCCUACCUGGAGCCUGAAAUGGAGGAUGUGCCCUUGCUGGGGAAGGACAAGGUCAACCGCCGGGCCUCUUUUCUCAAGGCCACCUGGAGCAGUGACAGGAUCCGCCAGCUGGGCGAGAAGCCCUCCACUUCCACUAUGCCUGACCUGUUCCCCCGCGUAGUGGUGGCCAACCCCAAGCCCCACAAGCUGUAUGGCAGCCAGGGGAACAACCUGUGCUACCCCCUGGCCGCUGAGCCUGCCUACCUAGACCCGGCUCAUAUGCGUUCCUACCCCUACAAGCAGCAUAAGCUCAAGUGCUCCCAGUCCACCCGGCUACCAUCCUACAGGGAGGCUAUCCUGCAGAACGCAGCCGCCUUGCGGCGCUCCUCCUCCACUGUGGUGCACAGACACUACUCCACCUACCUGAACUCCUACACAGACCUGCCUGUAUACGUGGGGCCACUGCCCCAGGGGCCUGGGCAGUUCUACGACAAGGACAUGUGCCACUUGUUCCCCUGUGCAAGCCACUACCCUAACAACAAUGCCUUGGUGCCCCGUAUGGGGGACCGGCAGGUGGUGUACCAGAACAAUAUGUUUGGGGGCUACGAGGGCGCGGUGGGACGGUCGCGGGAGGAGCCCCCCCUGCCCGGGUCUGGGAGCAGGGAUCGGAGGGAGGUCCUGGUGGCCAGAAGAGUCAACAGUCCCUAUGUGCCAAAGACCUGGGGCAGGGUAUCCAGUCUGGAGUCUGAGGUCUGAGCUCCAAGCCCCUCCAUACCUUCAGGCUGAUGGACUAUCCCUCCCACUGGGGAGGGGAAAGCCUACCUGGGGCCUCCCCCUCAGCCUUUGGUUUAGGCAAAAACGAAUGAAUUAGCUACCAAUAAUAUCCUUGGCUGAUGGAAGGAAGUAGAGGACAUUGAAAGGCUGUUACUACUGGGACAUUGUCAAGUAAACAUUAAGCGAUAAGAAAAGAAAAGACAAUGUUGAAUAGUAUUUAAUACCUUCAAAUUUAACCUGUUGAUUGUUAUUUAAAACAUUUUUAAAUGCUGUCUUGCUGUGAGAGAGAGAGAAAAUGACCUGGAUGACAAUACACUGUAGCCACUCACUCAGUUUAGACACAUUUAACUUUUCUCUUCAAUCAUUUUGGUACCCUUCCAUUUAAAUUUAGACACAUAAAAAGAGAAUAAUCAUUUUAUCAAACCACAGAAAUGUCUUCCACGACUUUUGUAAGUCCAGGAGCUCUCGGGAAAGCUGUCUGUUUAAGGCUUUUUGGCUCCGGUGGUCACUGAUGCAAUUUGACUUGGAUUUUAAAAGGGAACAUUUUUAAUUAUCAUCUGUAUUUCCAUUGUUACUCUACUCUUUAAUAAAUCACAAGGCCACUUCAAGGCCCUUUUGGAAUUGUCUAUAUUUUCCUUUUCUGAGUCAAACUCCACAUAUGAUCUGUAAUGCCAGCAGAAUGGAAUAGCAGGUCAGGUCCCAGGACUCUAGAUGUUUGUGUCUGCUUCAGUUCAUUAAGUGGGCCACCUCUGUUGACUCAUCCAGAAAGGUCAUUGGAUAUCAGAUCCACUAGACAGCGCUGUGUUCAGUUCACAUGCCAACAAUAGGGCAGACAAGUCAACUACAGCUCCUUAAAAGACAAGAACACAUUUGUAUUUUUACUAACACCCCACAUAAUCUGUUCAGAAACUGUGAUAUGUCAUCAAUUUAUCAAAUCACUGUAUGAGUAUUCUGUUGAACAUCGUAAAUACAUUUAAAAAAGAUGAAGUGGAAUAGAAACAUGUUCAGUUAGGUAACAAAUCCAAACAGAGGCUUUGAAUUGUCUAUAUGACCAGGAUGGCCAUGCUAUUGUCUGAGCAGUGAUACCAGUGACAGUAAAUCUUCCCUCAGGGCUCAUCAUGGGAUUCCAAUGACAUUAGCCUAUCAGUGAUUCUGCCAAGACGUACACACACACACACACACACAUUCACACACACACACACACUUUCACACUGGCUUCAAAGGGUGGUGUUCAUCAACACCUCACUUUACUCACUUACCAAUGACUAGGGGGAGCUUUGGCACACCACAUCCAUCAUUGUCCACACUGGGCCUUACCUGAAAACAGACUAAGGCAGGGAUGGGCAACUGGCCCCCGGAUCAACUUCCAAAAAAUAUACUGAGUGUGCAAAACAUUAAGAGCACCUUCCUAAUAUUGAGUUCCCUCAGAACAGCCUGAAUUUGUCGGGGUAUGGACUCAACAAGAUGUCGAAAGAGUUCCACAGGGAUGCUGGCCCAUGUUGACUCUAAUGCUUCCCACAGUUGUGUCAAGUUGGCUGGAUGUUCUUUGGGUGGUAGACUAUUCUUGAUACACUGUUGAGUGUGAAAAACCAAGAAGCGUUGCAGUUCUUGACACACCCAAACCGGUGCGCCUGGCACCUACUAUAAUACCCUGUUCAAAGUUCAAAGGCACUUCAAUCCUUUGUCUUGCCCAUUCAUUCAUACAAGUGACAUCAAUAAGGGAUCAUAGCUUUCACCUGGAUUCACCUGGUCAGUCAACACCAUUGAAAGAGCAGGUGUUGUUAAUGUUUUGCACACUCAGUGUAUAUAACAUUUUUGCCCUCAACAUUGAGUUGAGACCCCGACUGAGUCCCCACCCAUAUAAACUCAGCAAAAAAAGAAACGUCCCUUUUUCAGGACCCUGUCUUUCAAAGAUAAUUCGUAAAAAUCCAAAUAACUUCACAGAUCUUCAUUGUAAAGGGGUUAAACACUUUUCCCCAUGCUUGUUCAAUGAACCAUAAACAAUUAAUGAACCUGUGGAACGGUCAUUAAGACACUCACAGCUUACAGACGGUAGGCAAUUGGGAGUGGCAGGUAGCCUAGUGGUUAUAGUGUUGGACUUGUAACCGAAAGGUUGCAAGAUCGAAUCCCCAAGCUGACAAGGUACAAAUCUGUCGUUCUACCCCUGAACAAGGCAGUUAACCCACUGUUUCUAGGCCAUCAUUGUUCUUAACUGACUUGCCUAGUUAAAUAAAGGUUAAAAACAAGUUAGGUUCACAGUUAUGAAAAUUUAGGACACUAAAGAGGCCUUUCUACUGACUCUGAAAAACUCUGAAAAACACCAAAAGAAAGAUGCCCAGGGUCCCUGCUCAUCUGCGUGAAUGUGCCUUAGGCAUGCUGCAAGGAGGCAUGAGGACUGCAGAUGUGGCCAGGGCAAUAAAUUGCAAUGUCUGUACUAUGAGACUCCUAAGUGCGACAGGAUAGACAGCUGAUCGUCCUCGCAGUGGCACACCACGUGUAACAACACGUGUAACAACACCUGAACAGGAUCAGUAUAUCCAAACAGCACACCUGUGGGACAGGUACAGGAUGGCAACAACAACUGCCUGAGUUACACCAAGAAACGCACAAUCCCUCCAUCAGUGCUCAGACUGUCUGCAAUAGGCUGAGAGGCUAGACUGAGGGCUUGUAGGCCUGUUGUAAGGCAGGUCCUCACCAGACAUCACCGGCAACAGCAUCGCCUAUGGGCACAAAUCCACCGUCACUGGACCAGACAGGACUGGCAAAAAGUGCUCUUCACUGACGAGUUAUGGCUUUGUCUCACCAGGGGUGACGGUUGGAUUUGCGUUUAUCAUUGAAGGAAUAAGCGUUAUACCGAGGCCUUGGAGAAUUUGGAGGUGGUCCAUCAUGGUCUGGGGAGGUGUUUCACAGCAGCAUCGGACUGAGCUUGUUGUCAUUGCAGGCAAUCUCAACGCUGUGCGUUACUUGGAAGACAUCCUCCUCCCUCAUGUUGUACCCUUCCUGCAGGCUCAUCCUGACAUGACCCUCCAGCAUGACAAUACCAUCAGCCGUACUGCUCGUUCUGUUCGUGAUUUCCUGCAAGACAGGAAUGUCAGUGUUCUGCCAUGGUCAGUGAAGAGUUCGGAUGUCAAUCCCAUUGAGCACGUAUGGGACCUGUUGGAUCGGAGGGUGAGGGCUAGGGCCAUUCCCCCCAGAAAUGCAGAUGCCUUGGUGGUAGAGUGGGGUAACAUCUCACAGCAAUGACUGGCAAAUCUGGUGCAGUCCAUGAGGAUGAGAUGCACUGCAGUAUUUAAUGCAGCUGGUGGCCACGCCAGAUACUGACUGUUUCUUUUGAUUUUGACUCCCCCCCCCCCUUUGUUCAGGGACACAUUAUUCAAUUUCUGUUAGUCACAUGUCUGUGGAACUUGUUCAGUUUAUGUCUCAGUUGUUGAAUUUUGUUAUGUUCAUACAAAUAUUUACACGUUAAGUUUGUUGAAAAUAAACGCAGUUGACAGUGA